AUGGUUUCUCAAGAAUUUACUGAUAAAGCUGAUGCGGUCCAAAAGUUGACCAAACGUCCUUCCGACGACGAAUUGUUGGACUUGUACGGAUUGUAUAAGCAAGCCACUGUUGGUGACAAUGAUACCGCUGAACCAAGUGUGUUCAACUUGAAGGGCAAGUACAAGUGGAAAGCAUGGGACCAAUUAAAGGGUACUUCCCAAGAAGAUGCCGAAAAGCAAUACAUCAAGUUUGCUGAUGAAUUAUUGGCAAAGUACCAAUAG